AUGGCUGUCUUCAUGUAUCUCUACAAGUACCUGUUCAAGGGCCCUGAUCACAUGUACUUCCAUGUUCAGCAAGACAAUGAUAAUACCAUUGACAAAGUUUCCAACUAUGUUGAUGGAUGCUAUCUCUCUGCACCUGAAGCUGUGUGGAGAAUACUAGGUUUCAAGAUCACCUCAAUGGAUCCAUCUGUAACCUGCCUCCCAGUUCAUCUCCCUGGUGAAAACAUCCCACAAUUUGUACAAGGUACUUCAGAUCAAGGAUGGGAACACAGUGACCCUCUUGAUGAAGAUGAAUAUCUAAAAGAACCUAUCCACCACUCCACACAAAACAAGCUGCUGCACACAAUUGAAGGAACAUUAUACCACACCUACCAUGAAGCUGCACUUUCAGUGGGCCUCUUCAAUAACAUCAAUGAAGGAUACUUUGCACUUGAAGAACCUGUUGCCAAUCACCAGCUACCUACUCAACUUUGCUUUCUCUUUGCACAGAUUAUCCUCAAGGGCUACCCUGCACUACCUUUAUGGAACCAUUUCUGUGGUGAUCUCACUUUCGAUUACAUCAGUCAAAGUAGCUCUGAACACAUCAGCACUGAUCAUGCAUUGCAACAAAUUGCAAGCUACCUCAAGGAUGGAUGCCACUCACUCAAAGACUUUGGUCUGCUGGAGCCUCAAUACCAAAGUGCUGAAAUCAUCACUGAACUUGAAGCCUUCAGUGGUCGUGAAUCUGAACUGGAACACCAAGCUCAGCAAAUGAAAACCUGGCCAUGGGAAGACCUUUUUAGUUGA